CAUGAACACACUUGGGAUUGCUCAUGCGAAAUGGCACACGGCGGAUUCGGCGGCGGGACGACACUUGUUGAGAGCCUCAUGCAUAACGACAUGCUUGUGAGCAAGGACGGCGAAAUCCUCGGCAUGAACGCGGCGGGGGGCAAGCGUUUGGCGCUUCGCUUCGACACGACGGGUAACUCGGACUUUAUCGACUUGUCGCGACACGAUGUUCUCACAAUGAUUCAAUCUUGUGUCAAGAGCAUGGCUAUCCCGGACAACACGAUUCGUCGCAGUCGGAUGGAUUCAGGGCGACCCUACAAUCGCUCGCGCACGCGUCUUGGUCGAGACGGCCCCAUCGACAUUCCCGUAGGUUUGCGGCCAUGCGGACUUCUGUCAUGCAUUUCGCAGGCUGUGCACAUGCGCGACAUCCGCAAAAUGGACAACAUCUUUUCCACGUCCAACGAGCCGUCCAUCACGGUCCGUCAGCAAGCGAUCCUCGUCAACUGCGACCCCGUCCGCGCCGUGAUUACGCGCGAGACGUGCCUUGUCUUCCUUCCAGACGGCGCAGACAGUUUGGUGUAUCAUUUAAGGACCAACAUGCAGCAGCACAUUGCGGACGCGAUCGCGUUUGAAUUUGCCGCGGUGGAGGCGAUUCUGGCGACGAUCUGCCGGUUGUUUUCCACCGAAUGCGACCGCAUUGUGCCCAAAGGCCGGGCCGCGCUGGACAAAGUGACCAAGGACGACUCGAUGAUGAGCGAGUUGGAGAACCUUCGGUCAAUCAAGAACGAAAUGAGCUCGUUGGAAUCUCGCGUCGGCGGCAUGCGGCGAUUGCUCAUGGCAUUUCUCGAAAACGAAGAGGAUCUGCACAUGAUGUACUUGACCAAGCUCUACAACGAGCCCGAGUUGGUCCACAACCUGUUUAGCUUUGACACGGAAGAUGCUGAAUCGUUCCUGGAAGUGUAUCUGCAGGAAAUUUACGGCACACAAACGCGGGUGGCGCUCAUGGCCAACAACAUCCUCAACACGGAGAGCAUCGUGAUGCUCAAGCUCGAUUCGAAGCGAAACUUUUUGCUGAGCGUGGAUUUGAGCCUGACGUUGCUCGGAACGCUUGUCGCACUGCCAACGUUUAUCGUGGGUGGCUUCGGCAUGAACUUGAACUCGACGAUCCAAGACACCGACUACAUCUUUUGGAUCGUGUUUGGUGUGUGCGUCGCCAUCAUGGUGCUUGGGUACGUAUACACGCAGCAGUACUUGAAGAGGCAAGGCAUCAACAUGUCGUGGAAGUAUUGAAUGCACGUAGACUCCUGUCGUCGCUUUUUC